UAUAAGAAGAUAAAUUUUUUGAUAAAUUUUCCAUAAAUAAAUCUAUAAUUUAUUUAUAACAAUGUCGCAAUCUAAUCAACAAUCAGUAGCAAAUGCAACAAACUCAGAAAAAUCUUCUGAUAUUUGUCCAGAAAUACCUAAAAUAACAUCGGAAUUAGCUGCACAAGCUGCUUUAAGAGCAAAACAAAUGCAACAUAAACCAUUAAACCCCCCACCUCCACCCGUACCAUUACAUCAUUAUACGCAUAAUAAUACUACUGAAUUAAAAAAAGUUCCUGAUAUACCAGCUCGCUCAGAUAAUCAUCAUCGUAUACCACCAGAAAUUCCACCGAAACGUUCAAGUCUUAAAACAAAAACAAUAACGGAUCAACCAGUAUCUCAACAAGCACAAAUACAAAAUCAACCACAGCCAAUUCAACAACAACAACAACAACCGCAACAAAUACAACAUCAUCAGCAACAAUUACCAAUACAACAAUCACAUUCACAAGCAUCAACACAACAAAUAGUACCACCAGCACCAACGCGUGCCCCACCGCCACUGCCACAGAAACCAUCCUCAGCUUCAUCGACAACAUCGUCAUCAGCAACAGGUAGCGCACAAAAUUCACCACAACUAGUGCCAAAAUUUAAAGAGAGACCUCAUAGUGGUAUUGGGACACCAUUAUCGCAAUUACCAGCUGCUUUGAUAGCUUAUCAGCAGCAACAACAACAACAUCAACAACAAUCAACACAUCCACAAAGGCCUAUUUCAGCUGUUGGUUCUCUAACACCACAGAUGUUACAUAAAUUUCAGCAACAAGCUCAACAACAACAAGAAAAUAAAAUAUUACAAGGAUCGCCACAACCAAUUCAAAAAUUUCCAUCUGAUAAAAUUACUAGUUCACCACAAUUUGGUAUUCGUAAUGUAAACUCUCCACAAUUAAAUGUUCGUUCAAGUCCAGCAACUGCGACCAAUUCCCCACAAGUGAAUAAAAAGAUACCAACUAAGGUUAUUUCACCAACAGAAGAUUUUGGUUCUGAAGAUGCCUUACGAGGUAUUGAAAGUGGUCUUCGUAAUAUGGAACGUGCUAUGCAAGAACAAAUGAAUUUACGUUCAAUGGAAGCUGCUGCAGCUGCAGCUGCAAAUCAAAAACUUCUGCAAGAUAAUAUAAAAUUUUCCAUUGGAAGACAACUAGAAAAUCAAAACCCCGCAAUGCGUCUUAACAAUCCAAAUCAAACGGGGAAAUCAAAUUUAAAUGAUAUCAAUAAUCAAAAUACAGAACAACAAAAUCAAUUUAAUCCAACAAGAGGAUUAGAACGGAAUUUAAGUAUGGAUCAAAUGCGUCUCGAUAAUAUUGCAAUGUUAAAUGCAACAAAUGCAUUGAAUGCACCUGUUUCUAAUAUACGUUCAAUGGAAUCAAAUCCGAACAUACGUUCAGCAUUUGAAGAAAUUAAAUUUCGUCAUCAAAAACAACAACAACAGCAACAACAAUCUGAUCAUAGUGGUAUUAGUACCGGAAGUGGCAGUAGCAGUGGUAGUAAUAUUAGUGGAAAUGCACUUACAAAUAAUAAUAGUGGUAUUAUUAAUAAACGCGGACCUGUCGAACAUCAUAUGAGAUCUUUGGACCGUAAUUUACCUUUAGAAUUGCAAUAUAGUCGUCAUCGUUCUAUACAAAUGCAACAAGAUUUUUCUAUUAGUGGACCAGCUCCAACUAAUAUUGCUGAAUUACGUGAACAUAUUAGACAACAAUUGAUCGGUGGUAGCAGUGCAACUGGUUUUUUACCAACUAGUCCCGCAGCUGCUGCAUUAAUACAACAUCAACAACAACAGCAACAACAGCAUCAACAGCAACAACAACAGCAGCAACAGCAAAAUCUUAGCGGUAUAAUUGGUAGACAAUCAGCUGGUAUUGGUGGAGGUAUAUCAAGAGAAGAUUUAAGAAUGAGACGUCGUUCAUCACACGAUGAAACACAGUUAUCACAACAGCAACAAGGAAUUCCUGUAACAAGAUUAAGAGAGCAUUGGGACGAGACAUCAUCAUGUGUAUUACAAAGAGCUUCACAAUUGAAAAAUAUGUUAGGUGACUCGCAAAGAUAUGAAAGCAAACGUCUUGAAAUUGAAACAUGGCUAUCACGUAUGGAAAAUCGUUGUGAACGUAUGGGAUCUGUUGCAACAACAGCUGACGUUUUAGAAGCACAACAAAAGGAACAAAAGUCUUUCCAUGCUGAGUUGCAUCAAUACAAGCAUCAUAUAGAAUUGUUCAAUGCUUUAACACAAAAGUUAAUUGCAGUUUAUCCAACUGAUGAUACAUCACGUAUUAAAAGAAUGACAGAAGCAGUCAAUCAAAGGUACAAUAAUUUAAAUAAUGCUGUUAUAAAUCGUGGAAAAUUAUUGCACGCUGCUGUACAUAAUUUACAAUCAUUUGACAGAUCCAUGGAUCAGUUCUUAGCUUUCUUGUCUGAAGCAGAAUCAUUAUGUGAAAAUGCUGAAGCGGAAAUCGACAGAAAUCCAAUGGUGCUAAAGGUAAGUGCUAAAAACAUUUUUUACUUUUUGUAAAAUAUGCAAAACAUUGUGCUAAAUGAUUAUUUUCUUUGCUAAAUUCACUUGAUUUUAAAACGAAAAAUUUUUGGAGACUU